UUUGUUGGAGAAACUGUUAGAGGCUUUUGGGAAUUCUUUCUGUCAUAAACUUAAUAGUUAACAAACUUCUGACAGGAUUGAGCGCUAUAGAUUGGUAAUAACUGAAUAGAAUUUAAUAGCAGUAGUAAAAAUCAUAUUAAGACAGGAUAGGAAUAGAAACCUUAGGUAACUUUGACAGGUUGAAUAGGUAGAGAAUAAUAUAUUUUUGUAUUAACAAAGAAAUAUUUGGCUAGGACUAGAAUAAGAAAGCUGGCAGCAGUGGCCUAAGAUCCUGGUGACAGAGUUUGUCCUGUGACACAAACUGAGCACACAGGCUGUGAGAAUAGGUCAAAGGUAAGCUCUUGGACCCUGUAUAGCCCACAUGGCAGAUGCUGGAUAGCAGCAGCUCCUGGCCAGAGGCCCCUGGGCCCCGAAGUGCCUGAGGCAGUGACACUGUGUUAUCAGUUGUGGCUCUAGCUGCACAGCAUGGCCAGAAGACUUGUGGCCCCUGGGACUCAGAGUUGGGGUUGGGUGGGAUGGGGUGGGGUGGGAGUAAGGGCCCAAAGUAGUGUGUUUUGUGGUAUAGCAAAGCGUGAGUGGGCUGAGGGAGCUGAGUGUGAGGGGGACGAGGGCAGCAGAAUCCAGGCCGGGCCUGGAAUUCUCAGCCUCACAAAAGAAACUGUAAUGCUCAGAGCCGGUGCUACUGAGCCAGAGAGCAGUUUUCCAGGCUUGGCCUGGAAUUCUCAGCCAUGAGAAAGAAACUGUCUCUGGGACCAUGCAGAUGGUUGCUCUGACCAGUGGGAAUGGGGGCUUACCAGAUGUGGGCUAUCAAGUGCGGUUGUGGCUGAGAUGGGAUGCAAACUUGCAGAGUUUCUGGAUCUGAGCCACAGUGCACCAAUGUUGUGGUCAUAAAAAGAUAAAGAGGUGUUAAUAUAUGUUCUAAGGUGGUGUGAUAAGGUAUGGGGGAAGGGGGUGCUUCGGUGGGCCCAUGCCAAGGCAUCCCUUACCCCCAAGGGACCAGCCACACGAUGGGAUAGCAUAGAACAGAGUUUAUUUAGGGCAUGGGGAAGGGAAUUAAGAGAGUAGUAGAGGCAGAGAAAGAGGCAAGAAAGGAGGAGAGAGUAGAGAAGUAGAGGCCGGCCAUGACCAUGUGGAGAGUGGGAGGAAGGCAAUGGAGACAGGAGCAAGAGGCAAGAGUAUGAGAGAAAACAUCCAUUUUACUAUGUAUUUUUUAUGUUUAAUAAUGUUAAAAAUCACUUGCAUGCUGUCUUAGUUUUCCUUCUAUUACUGUCAUAAACAUAAGCAAAAAGGGAGGGAAGGGUUUAUUUUAGCUUAUACGUAAGCUUGUCUUUCAAAGGAAGGAGAUAUUUACCCAUCUUCUACCCAGAAUGCUAGAAAAGAAUGUCGUUUACAACCUGGUGCUCUUUUACUCUCUGUAGGGCCAGGCUUCACCCAAAUCCCCCAGACUGUAUAUUUGUUUAUUCCAGAUGCACCCCAGCCCAUAUUGAGCAUUACUUCUAGGCCAUAAAUCCCAUCCUUAUGAGAGAUGCCACAUUUACAACAGACUAAGUGAUUUCUGUGUUUUUAGGGCCAUGACAAUCUUGAAUCCCACAUGCAUCUUUUACCUCAGUCAUUCUCUUUAGACCCCUUGUGUUUUCCUCAUUCUCCCUAGCCCCUUUUCUUGAGCAUUGUUUCUAAGUAAACAGAACCUAUUUUUAUGGAAGAAGCCAUAUGUACUUUGUAAAGAAUUUCAAUGUAAAUGUGUCUUAAGCUUUGUUGUAUACACUGGAAGGACUGAGUUAAUCAUCAUCAGGGACCUUUUCCCAAUAUUGUGGUAUUCUUAAAUAUGGAUAAAAUAAACCAAUUGAAGACUCCAUAAAUUUGAACCAGUGACUGCUAACUAAAGUUGUACUGAACCAAUGACCAAACCAGCUCGGUCAGUCAACAUGAUCUCAAGGGAGGGAGUGAGGAUUGAAAAGAAAAAGACAAUUAGAUAACAUUUUAACAUGACUCUAGCCAGUGUUGAAGCUAAAGCAUCUUUAUUUUUUCCCAGUCUGCUUUUAUAUCAAUCUAGGUACAUCCAAAGAAUAUGGUCAGUUCUCAGAUCAAAGACAAAGUGACCAAACAAGGCAAUGAACAAAGAGAUCACACCAGAUUUGGACCACUUUCAUUUACAUGAAGAAGUGUCUUAGGGGUGAGAUCCAAAUCUAUAAUUGAACUUCUUACACAUUUCAUCUUAAGUUGAAGGUAUCUUUGACUAUCUUCUGACCCUAGAAGAUCCUAUCAAGUCUGCAGACUUCAACAGAAUUGAAGAACCUGGACAGAACAGAGUUACCAACUAGAGAGCCCAGGAAUAACAUUAACAUGGUGGUUACUCAAAACCUAACUCAGCCAGGGAGACAUGCCAAGGCCUAUGAGGUUCCAGUGUCAUUUGAGGAUGUGGCAGUAGAUUUCAGUAGAGGAGAAUGGCAGCAGUUGAACUCUUUUCAAAGAUGCCUAUACCAGGAUGUAAUGCUGGAGAACUACAGUCACUUGCUCUCAGUGGGGUUUAAAGUUCCCAAACCAGAAGUCAUCAUCAAGUUGGAGCAAGGGGAGGAACCAUGGACAUUGGAGGAGAGAGUCCCAUACCAGAGCUGUUCAGGUGGGAAUUUUAGGAUUAACAAUUCAGAAAAAAGAAUUUCUGAAAAAUCUACAGUUUAUGGUGAAACAGUGGAUGAAUAUUCAAGAGAUGAUUCGUUGUAUUCCAUCUUAGAAGAAAUGUGGCAAGAUGCUGAAUGGAUGAAAAGAUACCAGGGAAAACAGUUCUACCCUUUGAGUUAUACUGCUUUCAGUAAGAAAAUAAUGAAUACUAAGAGAGAUUAUGAAUGUACAGAUAUUAGAAAAUGUAUAUACCUUAAACCAAAUGUUGUUCCUUCACAGAAAAGACUCCAUAAGAAUGACUCAUUUGGAAAGCAUUUUAAGCAUAAUUUAUUAGACUUAUAUAUGCAUAAUAAAAACAAAGCAACAAAGAAUUCUGACAAAAAUAAUAAGCCAAGGCAAGGUUUUGCCCACAGUACUUCUUAUACUAAUGUUGAAAAUCUCCAUAUGGAAACAGAAUUCUGUGAAAGUAGUCAAUAUGGAAAAGUGAUCAGAAUCAAGCAUACAUGUAGACAAGGUAUGAUAUUUCUUGUUGGGGAAAAGCCAAAAACAUGUGAUGUAUUUGGAAGGAUCUUACCCCCCAAAUCACAUAUCUUCACUCCUUCCAGAAUUCACAAUGUGGCAAAACAUUGUGAACUUAGCAAAUGCAUAAAUGUUUUUACACAGAAGCCACUCAGUAUAUAUCUGAAAUUUCACAGAGAUGAAAAACAAUACACAUGUACUAAAUGCGGGAAGGCAUUCAUCCAUAAUUCUGAAUUAAAGAUGCAUGAGAAAACUUACACUAGGAAAAAACUGUACAAGUGCAGUGAAUGUGGAAAAUCAUUUUUCCAGCUGCCAUCUCUACUUAGGCAUCAAACAAUUCAUACUGGAGAAAAACUCUAUUCAUGUAGUGAAUGUGUUAAAGACUUCUCUUUGAGUUCAUCCCUCAGUAUACACCAGAAAAUCCAUACUGGGGAGAGACAUCACAAAUGUAAUGAGUGUGGGAAAGCCUUUACCCAAAAGUCAACACUCCGAAUGCAUCAGAGAAUUCACACAGGAGAGAGAUCUUAUAUAUGCACUAAAUGUGGGCAGGCUUUCACCCAGAAGGCACACUUGAGUGCACAUCAAAGAAUUCAUACUGGAGAAAAGCCUUAUGAAUGCAGUGACUGUGGAAAAUCCUUCCCUUCUAAGUCCCAACUUCAGAUGCAUAAGCGAAUUCACACUGGAGAAAAACCCUACAUAUGCACUGACUGUGGAAAGGCUUUCACCAACAGGUCAAAUCUCAAUACUCACCAAAAGUCUCAUACUGGAGAAAAACCUUACAUAUGUGCUGAAUGUGGGAAGGCCUUCGCUGACAGGUCAAAUUUCAAUAAACACCAGACCAUUCAUACUGGAGAAAAGCCUCAUAUUUGUGCCAAUUGCGGGAGGGCUUUCAUCCAGAAGUCACAGUUAAUUACACACCAGAAAAUCCACACUAUGGAGAAACCUUAUAAAUGUCCUGACUGUGAGAAAUCCUUCUUCAAGAAACCACAUCUCAAAGUACACCAGCGAAUCCAUACAGGAGAGAAACCAUAUAUAUGUGCAGAAUGUGGGAAGGCCUUCACUGACAGGUCUAAUUUCAAUAAACACCAGACAGUUCACACUGGGGAUAAACCCUAUAAAUGUAGUAAAUGUGGAAAGGGCUUUACUCAGAAAUCAGUUCUAAGUAUGCAUAGAAGUAUUCAUACCUGAAAGUAACACUGGUUCAUCAAAACAAGACAGCCUUAUGAUAGAAGUCAAAUCUAAGUGUACAUUAUAAGAUUCAUCUAAGGCAGACUUUGUGUAAAUACUCAGUAUCAAAUGAAAGAAGUAAGAAUAUUAUUUCAUGUUCAGCAGAAUGAGUAACAGGAUCAUUUUAUGUUACCAUAUAAAAUUAUAUCUACAGAUAUGUAUAUACCCGAAAUCAAAAUGAUUUUUGACUUGUGGGUACACUUGAAAGAAAUAUUCAUUGGCUUAAAUUUGAUAGAUACAAUCAUUCUAAUUUUGAAAAGGAACUUAGAUUCUUCCUGUACCCACAAGUCAAAAAUCAUUUUCUUUCAUUUGGUAGAAGUACAGUAGCCACAUAUGUGUGUGUAUAAUAUUUUCUCCUAGGUUUCCCUUUUUAUCAAACAGAAGAGCAAAUGUCUUUGAUUUUAAUGUGUUCAAUUAAUUGUAAGUUAUUAAUUCUGAAUUUUUAUGGGCUAUAAUGUGAUAUUUUGGUAUAUUUGCAUAUGUGAAUUAAUCAGCUCAGUACCUUUGGUACUGGUUCAUCAAUCAUGGUGUUUCCAGUAAUGAAAUAUAUAUGAAGCCUACUGCAUUUUGUUUGAUCUGUAUAAGUAAAAGACUUCUCAAACAAAAGAAGAGAUUCAUUGGAUUGUGGCAAAAGGGUAUUUCAUCCCAAUGUAUCAGUUUCCAGACUUAGAAACACUAUGCAGACCCAGAACUUCUUUGAAUGAAGGGAUGGCGACUGUGGGAGCUGUACACUUCGGGAAAAGUAAUGAUCAGACUUUUGGGGGGCUAUUAGAUACUGGCUGUGAAUUGAUGCUGAUUUUAGGAGACCCCCUAAGAAACAUAAUGUUUCUCCCAUUAAUGAAGGGGCUUGUGGAGUCAAGUGAAUAGUGGAGCUUUGGCUGAAGUCCAACUCAUAGUUGGUUCAUUUGGGUGGUCGAACUCAUCUUGUGGUAUUUUCCAAGUCCCAGGAUGUAUAAUUGGGAUAGAUAUAUUUAUAGGUUGGCAGAAUUCACACAUUUGUUCCCUGAGGACUGUGUGGUUGGAAAGGCUAAAUGGAAGGCUUUAGAGUUACAUCUGCCAAAGGAAA